CACAGCGGUAACCUACUUCAGCGCACACAGUAGUUGAGCGCGAGGUUAAAAUGCUAUGUGUGUAGCAUGCAGCGGGAUGGCGAUGGUAAAAUACUGCUGUGCUGUUACUCAGUGUGCUGAUAGGAAUCCCCGACAGUAGAGCGGCAGCAAUGAGUGAGACUGUGGAGAAGAGACGGAAAGGAGCCCGACUGACGAACCCCAAAAACAGAUGGAGUGAACAACCCAAGGGUAACAUCAUCACGGAUGUUUCUGAGAAGCAUGGUGCCAUUCCAUCAGUCGAAGAUGACGGACGACAAGGGGCCCUCAAGAGGUUUAGUGCCAUGUGGUCCUCCCUCCGCAAAGGCAAAAGGGACAGAGUCAAAGAGCCUGAGCUUACAGAGCCACCUGGUCUGGAGGCAGCAGAGAACACAACCAGGCAGCACCGCUAUGCCAGUGGUCAGUACUUCUUUGAGUAUCUGGUGGUGGUCAGCCUCAAGAAGGCCAAGGACAGCAAUACCUACGAACCUCAGAUUACCUACCAGUUUCCCAAGAGAGAUGGAAUGGCGAGAUCUCAGAAGGAGGAGGAGGAGAAGACUUUAAAGGCAAUCACACUUUUUUGUUUCCCAGAAGGCAUCAACUGGGCUCCUUUGACAGAGUACCACAGUGAGACCUUCUCCUUUGUUCUGACUGAGAUCGAUGGCAGCAGAAGAAACGGAUACUGCAGAAGAUUAUUGCCAGGAGGGAGAGGAGCGCGACCACCUGAGGCUUACUGCAUCAUUAGUACACUGGCUUGUUUUGGGCUCUUCUCCAAGAUAUUCGACGAGGUGGAGAAGCGGCGGCAGAUCUCCAUGGCCAUGAUCUAUCCAUUCAUGCAGAAACUUAGAGAAGCUCAAUUCCCAGCACCAGGGAACACAGUGGAGAUUAAGAGCUUCAUUCCUGAGUCGGGCACUGAGAUCAUCCGUCUGACCCGGCCGCUGGAUUCCUGGCUGGAACACGUCGACUUUGCCACACUCUUUGGCUGCCUGACGGACCAGCAAGUGCUGCUGGUGUUUGCAGCGGCUGUCUUGGAGAGACGGAUCAUUUUCAUCGCAGAUGAACUUGGCACAUUGUCUCAGGUCAUUCAUGCAGUAGCAGCCCUCCUCUACCCUUUCACCUGGCAGCAUACCUUCAUCUCCAUUGUUCCAGAAAUCCUCAUCGAUGUAGUGAUGGCACCUACCCCCUAUCUACUGGGAGUCCAGAAGCGCCUGCUGGACCAAGUCACUGACCAGAGUGAUCUGCUGGUGGUUGAUUUGUCUGAGGAUAAAAAGGACCCAUUCAUUGUUUCAAUUGGUGAUGAAGGCUCUAUCCUGCCUCCAAAGCUCCAGGCUGAAAUAUUAGAGGCUCUAAGUAAAAGACAAAAUGCAUCAGUGGGGGAGGAGCUAAACCGAGUGGUUUCUGAAGCCUUCCUGCAAUUCUUCGUGAAAACAGUCGGCCAUUAUGCCUCAUAUGUAAAAUACGCACGAGCUGGAGAGCGUGGAGUGUUUGAUAAGAGAAGCUUCUACAAGGCAAUCGAGCCCAAGGUCACUCGACACUUUGUCAAGAAGUUCAUUCAGACGCAGAUGUUUGACUUGUUUAUCCAGGAGGUGGAGCAGCAGCAGCCUGGACCACAGCAAGGAAUAUUUCACAAAAAGAUCCUUGAAUAUCAAGAGAAGAAGAAAAAGGAGAAGACAAAGAAACACUAGCUGUCUGCAUGGAAAUGUGGCUGUAUAAAGGGGUAUAUAGCUGUGAAUAUUGCACUGUGUUUUCUGUGUUGUGUAGUUUGGAGUAUAUUAAUUAUGUUCUCAUGUGUGAAUUACUGUAUGUCUGUGUGACUGCUCCUCACAAUGUGAAACACUGGCAGAAUGCAGGACUUAAAUUCUCUGUGGUGGUUUUUAGCCUUUCUGAUAAUCAGGAACUCAUUUCAAAUAAAGACGAGCUCUUUAAGUUCAUGAACCUGCAGUUUGUUUUUUAAGGCUACUGAUAGAAGAUGUAUAUUUGGGUGGAGCAGCAGUUUGUAUCCAACACUGUGGCUGUCUCUGCAUAAUGUUCAAAGUAGACAUGUACUCCCAACGCACGUACAGGAAAAAGAAUACAUAUGUCUUUAUGCAUAGUGUAUAUACGUCUGUUUUUAGGGAUGUGCUGUUGGCGGGGACUGCUCUACCUGUUUGUAGUCAGAUCCAUUUGACCCGACCUUCAUUUCAUUUUUACAGACACUCAGAAACCAUCAGCCAGUGUUGUACAGAAUAAAUUAUCAAAUGAUUAAUAAUUAGCUGCUUUGUGAUUUUACAUCUGUUUAGUAACGGCCUCUUCACAAAACACACAAUGUCACUGUGAAGUGGAUCUUUGAUUUUUGUCAG